AUGAGACUCGACGCCGCCGUGCCGGUGCUGCCGCUCGCCGGCGUCGUGCCCUUUCCGCAGAGCCCGCACCCGUAUCUCGUUUCUGCUCCGGUCGGCGGCGCGGGUGGCAGGGCCGCCGCCUUUUACCAGCCCGCCUUCAGCCCAAUGGCGGACGUUGGUGUCAUCGCCGAGGUCUUGCCGUGCGGCGAGGGCGGCCUGCUCGAGUGCACCCCGCUCGACCGGGUGCGGCGGAUGUCCGAUGGCGCGCUCGACGUCGUCGCGGACACGCCGCUCGACGAGGCGGCGGCAGAGGAGGCGGCGCGCCUCCACGGAGAGCUGUGGACGCUGCUCGCCACGCUCCGGGGCGCGGACGCCGCGGAUGGACCCCUCACAUCCCUGAGGCCUGGCGCCGCUUCGCCAUCACACGCCUCUCUUGCGCUGGCUUCUUGUUGCGAGCUGGGCACGGCGGAGCAGCAGCGGCUGCUUGAGACGGUCGACACGGUCGAGAGGCUACGGUCGCUCGAGGUGGCACUCCGCGAGGCGGCCGGCGAGCCUGCACGGCUCACGAACUUGGUCGUGCGCGGCUCCCACUUUUCUGGCCGGCAGCCUACCAUUGUGUCGACCAUCGCAGGCGCAUGCACAUCAUCAUUUGCAGGCACGGUGUUCUCUACCGACUUUUGCGGAAUGAUGCGGGCUCUCUCAGCAUCAGACAGCUUUAGCGAGGGCGAUCCGGCCGCCUACAGCUCGCCGACGGCCGAGCAGCUCCUGCUCGAGCAUUGCCGACUCGUGGGGUGCCCGCGUGCAGCGGCGCUCAGGAGAGAGUGA